UUGCUCUGCCAUGGCCGACUCCGGCGACAACGUGCCGGUAAACGCGAGCGCGCGAGGAGGGACCGCCUGUCGUUCUGAGUCCAACAAUCGAGCACGGGCCAACCCUAUUUUCUCCCAGAUCUGCUUACUUUGUACGCCACCAUCGCCCACUCCGGCCUCAGCUCCUCGAGCAAGUUGCCAUGUCUGCUGCCACGCUGAGGGAGCAGCUUAACGCCCUCCUUAGAGCAGAUCUAGGUGGCCAGGGCCAAGAGCUGCAGGACCGAGUGGCCAUGGUGGCCGGGCGAGAGUCUAAGGAGGAACUCAUGCGGGUGCGCUAGGAGAUCGUCGAGUUCCACAACGAGAGGGUGCUACUUGAGAACUACAACGCCCUCAACUACACAGGUCUGCCCCACAUCUAGCUACACGUGCUACUCCAGAGAGAAAUCUGUCAUAGCCAGGGAGGAUCUGCUUGGUCAGAGUAAAAAGGCAGAUGACAUGAGCAGAGUUGCUGGGUUAGAUAACCAAGGAAUUGUUGGCCUUCAGAGGCAAAUUAUGAAAGAUAUUGGUUUAUUGUGGUUUGCUCAGUAGUGUUUGCUCGAUGGACCUUACUAAAAUGGUGCGAUUAACUGUUUGCAUGGGGUCAUGUAGCACUAUUUCUUCACAUCAUUUCCAUUUGCAUUUCAGAUUUGGUUGGUACAGAUCUAGGUUUCUUGGAAAUGAUAGUAGUGGGAGCAAGGACCAUUUCAUAGUGCUUUAUUUAUUUGAGUUGUGUAUCAACAUUUUAUAGAGCAAGAUUUGUCGAUGUGCUUUAAGGAAGAUAGUUCUGGGAGAAUUUUCUUUGGAGACCAAGGAGUGCCCUCUCAACAGUCUACACUGUUUGUUCCUCUAUAUGGCAAACUUCAAACUUAUGCUGUUAAUGUCGACAAAUCUUGUAUUGGACAUAAAUGUCUUGAGGGUACUAGCUUCAAGGCUUUAGUCGAUAGUGGAACAUCAUUUACUUCUCUUCCUCUCGACGUUUACAAGGCUUUCACAAUGGAGUUUGACAAACAAAUGAAUGCUACAAGGGUGCCUUAUGAAGACACUACCUGGAAAUAUUGCUACAGUGCUAGUCCUCUUGAGAUGCCUGAUGUGCCAACCAUAACCCUGACAUUUGCUGCGAACAAGAGCUUGCAAGCUGUUAAUCCUAUCUUGCCAUUUAAUGACUGA